CAUGUAUUAUUAAUUUAACAAAAAAGUGAUACAAUGCAUUGCAGAGGGAAGACAAAGAAAUGGAUGUGGGAAUAGGCGUGACAGUGUGCUUGCAUUAAUUUGCUCAAUGUAAAUGCAUCGCAUUUACAGCAAAUUGGUUUGAGUGUCCAUCAGUGUACGUGUAAACAUGAGUUCUGGUAUGCAGGAACAUGAACAAAGGGCGAGACUUCAGCACUUCCUGUCAGAGCUUGCAAUACUGGGUUCUUUACAGGGCUUCCAUUAUUUUCAGCCCUGGCUAAGAGGGAGAGAGGAACUUCUGCUGACUGUGGUCAAUGAUGACUUGAGAUGGCGUUCUCCUGGGUUCGCCGUGUCUGUGGCCUCCACCUUUACCAGCUCAACCUGCAGUAGCAGUUACAGUCUGGACAGCGACUAUGCCAGCUCUCCUUUAGCAGGAGAAGGGCCACCUCCACAGUACAAACCAGAGACACCAGACGCCACACAGCAACAAACUCCCAGCAGGAAUAUUGAUUCUCAUCUUCUCCCAGCCUCACCCAGUGAGAGAGAGAUCGCUGUUCCUGAAAUGAACUGCACCCUGUUCCUGUUAGCCGGCUAUGCCAAGUAUGGGCAACCUUAUGUCUGGAUUCGAUCCAAUCAUGAGCGCCUAGUAAACGUCGGAGGAACUGAUACGCUAGUCAAAGAUACACCAAUGAAGCUGAAGUCCAUCACAGACUGGGUUUCAACAUCCCAAGGAACUCAUGUAUGGGAUGUAGUGAGUGAGUUGGUGGGACUGUGCACCAUGCCGCCUCCCGACAACCCCUUCUCUUUGGACAUGCGCUACCUCCAAACCCUGUCCCUCCCAGAGCGCUUCCUGGUCACUGGGGCCCUCCUGAAUUUCCUGGAGAUGAUUGUGGUUCAGGGAAGCCGAGAGGAACCGCAUCCUUGCAAUUUAUAA